AUGCAGCUCGAAAGAAUGAAGAUGGACAGAAUCGAGAUGGAAAGAGCCGCCAGAAUAAAGUACAGGAACAGAACUGCCACCUACUACUCAGCCUCAUUGGCUGUGUUGUUCUUGGCGUUGUCGUUCGGGGCAGUUCCGUUGUACAGAGCCAUCUGCCAGAGAACAGGUUUUGGAGGUAUCCCCAUCACCGACUCCACCAAAUUCACUCCAGACAAGCUUAUUCCGGUGGACACAAACAAGAGAAUUAGGGUUCAGUUCACAUGCCAGUCCUCGGGGAUCUUGCCUUGGAAAUUCACUCCUUUGCAGAGAGAAGUGUACGUGGUUCCUGGUGAGACAGCCUUGUGUUUUUACAGAGCAAAGAACAUGUCCAAGGAAGACAUCAUUGGAAUGGCAGCCUACUCAGUCACCCCAGACCACGCUGCGCCAUACUUCAACAAAAUUCAAUGCUUCUGCUUCGAGGAGCAGAGAUUGAGUGCUGGCGAAGAGGUGGACAUGCCUGUGUUCUUUUUCAUUGACCCCGAGUUUGCCAAGGAUCCUGCAAUGAGAAACAUUGACGACAUCGUCUUGCACUACUCCUUCUUCAAAGCCAGUUACACCGACGGAGAAUUGGCUGCGGUUCCGGUACCCAGCAAAGCCAUUGCCUAA